AUGCCCUGUCAGGCAGCUAUCGACCUGGCCACCCUCGCCAUCCAGGCCGACAUCGCCAAGGACCACGAGAAGGCGAUCUCGCUGUACGUUCGCGCGGCGGACGAGCUCGAGAAGGCCGCGAGGACGUUCCCGCAGGAGGCGGCGGAGAUGCGCGCCAAGGCGAAGGAGUACCGCGACCGCGCGAACGUGCUGACGCAGCAGGCGCAGGCCGAUAAGAUCGCCGCGAUGGCCUCGGGAGCCCAAGCCCUGCAGCAGGCUGGCAACGUCGCGCACCAAUCGCAAGUCGCCGUCAACACCGCGGGGGGAACCGGCACCAUGCUGGGAGCCGCGGCGGUGGGAGGCGUCGCGGGAGCCGUGCUGUUGGGGCCCAUGACGGCCGUCGUCGCCGCGGGCGCCGCCGCGUACGCCACCACGCGGACGGACGCGACGGGCGACGUCGCGAGGAGCACGGGCGCCGCCGCGGCGACGACAGCGUCGUCGCUGAAAAAGUUCAACGACGAACACGACAUCACCGGCAAGGCGAGCGCCGCGGCCGUCGCGGCGGCGCAAAAGGCUAGGGAGGUGAACGAGAGGUACGGGCUAACCACCAAGGCCAAGGCGGCGGCGUCCUCCGCGUACAGCAAGGCGACCGAGAUUGAGAACAAGCACAAGGUGAGCUCGAAAGUCGGCGGUGCCAUCUCCGCGGGGCUCAGUUCCUUCACAAAGGCGAUGGGGGGGAAGGAGAGCGGGAAGGAGAGCGCCAAGAACCUCCCGUCCGUUCCCAGGUAGUGGGCGAGGUAUCAGCCUCGAGGCGACUGAGAUUAUUAGCCCCUCGCGGUCCGCUCGUGCGUGAAGUCUGAUGGAGUCUACGAUAACAACGAAACUAAAUUUCC